AUGGCAGCAGUAGCUCUUCUACGGAAUGAUACACUCCAGGCGUUUCUCCAGGAUCGUACUCCAAACUCCUCACCGGAGACCAAACAUUCACCUCUGGCGCUUCUAGCGGCCACUUGUAAUAGGAUUGGAUAUCACCACGGAUCAAAUCCAGGUGAUUUUCUACAGGUCCCAUAUGAGACCACUCUCAGUUCUCCUUCGCGAAUUUUCCACCCUUGGAGUAACGAAGGAAACAUACAAAGCGCAUUAUCAGGCAAUUCCUCUUUGGCAAUGUCCCCCAAAUCUCAGCUGUCUGCACACAUUCAGUCCUCCUUUAGUUCUCACCACGAACUGCCUCUUACCCCGCCAGCGGACCCUUCCUAUCAGUACGACUUCUCCCCAGUGAAAAUGCUAUCCUGUUCCAUGCAAACAUUACAAUCCAGCUGCCCUCCCACAUACGUCCCCGCUGUAACAUACGCAACGUCAGCACCAAUUGCGCCUGCAAUACCAAGUUUUGUUCCCGGACAUUCUGGUCUUAUCCAUCAGCAGCCGAGACAGUUGUCACCAAAUCCAGGAGAGGACAUUCCGUGGUGGAGCCUUCAACAGGGAAAUCCCGUCAAGCAUCCGUCAUCACUUGCCACACAUAGGUUCCCUCUGCAGAGGAGCUUAGUCCUGGGGCAUUCAGAAUUUGCUCAAUAUCAGACUCAAAUUGCUGCCCUCCUUCACACGAAGUCGCCCCUCGCAACUGCCCGGAGGUGUCGGAGGUGUAGGUGCCCGAACUGCCAAUCUUCCAGCUCCAAUGACGAGCCAGGAAAGAAGAAACAGCACGUCUGUCACAUUCCUGGGUGUGGGAAAGUUUACGGGAAAACUUCGCAUCUCAAAGCACAUCUACGGUGGCAUUCUGGGGAGAGACCGUUUGUAUGUAACUGGCUGUUUUGUGGCAAGAGCUUUACAAGAUCCGACGAACUCCAGAGACAUCUCAGGACACAUACAGGAGAAAAGCGAUUUGUUUGCUCUGAGUGUUGCAAGAGGUUCAUGAGGAGUGAUCAUCUGGCCAAACAUGUCAAAACGCAUCAGAACAAAAAGUGCAGACCGCACGAGAAGACUGUAGAUCACAUCAAGAGAGAGAAUAUGAUAAACAUUUAACCGACAGUACAACCUUCAGCGCAGUUACUCUAACGGGGCGGACUUGCUGCAAUAGGGUGUUGUCUGCAUUUAUAAUAACAAUGAUAAGGUACAGAAUUGGAAUAUGACAUAUUUUUUGAAUGAUCGUGUUUAACAGUUCCCAACGAUUGAUUAAAAUGUAAACGUGUAAAUACGAUUUCAAGUGUCAAUCUUUGUUUGCCUCUACCAGAGCCUGUCAAAUGUUAAAUGUGCCAACAGCUUGUGUUGUAUAUAUUAUGUCCAGUAAAACAAGUUUUUCUUUUACUUGUUUUUCGAUCAUUGU